AUGUUCUUCGGGUGUUAUCAGCUCGUUAUCGUUUUCCUUUCGAUAAUCAUCAGUGCUGUUAAUACCAGCAAUCAUCGAAGUUCUUCAUCAUCAUCAUCAUUAGACCUAUCUUCUUCGGAAUUGAUCAAUCAGAAUGAAUGUCAAUCAUCAUGUUCAAUUGACUAUUGUUUACAAUAUCAAUUGUUGAAUAAAAACUGUUCCAAGUUAAUACGUGAUCAAUGUGAUUGUUGUACUGUUUGUCUACGUUCAGAACAUGAAAUAUGUGGUGGACAUUUGAACGUCUAUGGUCUAUGCGAGCAAGAUCUCUUAUGUUAUAAACCAAAUCAAACUGUCAAUGAUCUCAAUGAACAAACUGGUGUAUGUAUGAAAGCAUGUUUGAAAUUCCAGUGUUUGUCUACAAAUAUCAAUAAUCAAACAACCUGUGAAUGUGCCAAUCGACGUGUACCAUGUGAUAUAACUCCUGAUGAAGAAAAUAUGAUCCUGUCUCGUACAUGUGAACUAGAAUCUCCGUCACACCAAAAGCGUGAAUUGAGUUGGUCUACUACCUAUGACGAUGAUGAAAACAGUGUUGAUUGUUCAAAUAUUGUUUGUCCUACUACUGCCAUCAAUGCAUCACGUUGUCCAUCAGAUAGUAUUUUUGUGGAAGAUCGUGUAUCCCUUCCACCGUUGUCAUCAUCUUCGUCGAACAACCUAUCAGUAGUUUGCUGUGAACCUCGAGGACAAUGUGUUUGUGCAAGAUGUUCCAAGACUACUUGCGGAGAAAAUUCGAUCAUUCAAAUCUAUCGAACGGGCAAUCCGAAUCUUCCUGGACAAUGCUGUGAUCAAUAUACUUGCAUUAAGAAUUCAAAACAAUGCUAUCAUGACAAGAAGAUUUACAGUGAAAAUGAAACAUGGUCUAUUGAUCACUGCACAACAUGUACAUGUCGAGAAGGGUUUGUUGAUUGUAUUAUGGUACAAUGUCCGACAUACACACAUUGCGGUUAUAUGUAUAAACCGGAAAAUGAAUGUUGUCCUAAGUGUGGCGGUUGUCUAAAUGAUCGUCUUCAUGUUCAACAUAUGAAUUCAACUUGGAUAGAAUCCAAUGGUUGUAUGCGAUGUUGGUGUGAAAAUGGUCGAUCACGUUGUAUCGCUGAAGGAUGCAUUGCUCCACCUUGCGACAAUCCACGUCAAAUAGCGAAUGUCUGCUGUCCAGUAUGUGACGAUACUACAGACGAAGAUCUAUCUUCUGAUGGCAAGGAUUUACACAUUUCCUCAUCUACACCACUAGUAACAAGCAAGUGUCCUGAACUUGGAAACUGCUCGUUAAUAUGUGAACAUGGACUAGCGAAAGAUGCACAAGGUUGUUUUAUAUGUGCUUGUUCGACCAUGGCAUGUCCAGCACCUCUAUGUACACUGAAAAUCGAUCGAGCAUCCAAACAAUACUGUACAUGUACAUCACCAAAUGGUCUCAAUUGCGGCGAACUAAAUUGUGCUAAACAUUGUCCUUACAAUUACACAAUAAAUAAACAAACAGGUUGUCCUAUCUGUGAAUGCAAUUCAUGUCCAGUAUUGUCUUGCAGAAAGAACUGUACUUAUGGAUUGAAACGCAACGAAAUUGGCUGUCCAAUAUGUGUAUGUAAAAGUAAUGUUAGCAUACAUAUUAACGAUACAAAAGCAACGGAUUUGAUACCCCAGUCGUGGGCACGACAAUGUCUAUCAGGAGAAUUUUCUUAUUCAAAUGGUGAAAUAUGGUUUGACGGUUGUCGUCAGUGUCUGUGUCAUAGAGGAGAACAUCUAUGUGCACUUAUCUCCUGUCCAACUCCGAAAUGUUCGCAGCCAAUUCUUCUACCCAAUCAAUGUUGUCCUACAUGUCCAGAAAUUACUAUGUUACCUCAACCCAUUCCGUCAUCACAAGUAUGCUAUGCCAGUCAGUAUGUAACUGGCGAAGAACUUGAAUUUGACAAAUGUACAAAAUGUAUGUGUCUACAUAACAUUGCAUUCUGUAGUAUAUUGCUAUGUCCUCCACUUCGUUGUUCAUCUCCCAUUUAUGAUUCUUCACUUUGUUGUCCCGUAUGUCCACCGAAAUUAUCUGAACCGACGUCUUCAACGGAAUUAGCGACUCUGGAUGAUGAUAAUGAUAUUUGCGUUCUUGACAAUGGAAUAGUUAAACACGCAGGUGAAUUAUGGAAACAUCAUGAUUGUCAAUCGUGUCUCUGUCCACGCGGUGGUAAUGGACGUAUCGAAUGUUUUCCACAAACAUGUGAACAAAAUCUACCAUGUUCCAAUCCAGUUUUAAAAAAAGGACAAUGCUGCCCAUUUUGUCUUCCGCAUACAGCUACGGUUUCUGUCUGUAUUUUCAAUUAUGUUCAAUAUCGUUCUGGUGAACAUUGGAAUGUCAGCGAAUGUCACAGUUGUGAAUGUCUAUACGGCACUAUUGUAUGCCAUCAACAUCGAUGUCCUUCGUUGACUUGUGUUCAUACAGUAACAUUAUCCGGACAUUGUUGUCCUAUUUGUCGUGAUCAAUUAUCGUCGAUCAUUGGUGAAGGUAAAGUCCCUAUCUCUCAAGCUCGCUUUGGUGUAACAGUUAUUAUUAUUUUUUGUACUUUGAUCCUUAUUCUGAUUUUGAUUAUCCUGAUCCUCAUUUUUAUUCUACUUCGCGGAGCACAUCAAUCUCGUUCAUCUACAAAUCAAACACCUCCGACGCAUCAUCUUUCACCGAAAAUGGCUCAUCAUUCAUCAACGAUGAAUUUCAAACCAUCAAAUCUAUACUCUUAUGUAAAAUACGAUCUUAUGGCCAAGUCAAACGAGAAUCACACUUUCAAACAAGGUUCAUCAUCAGUGGAACAAGCAUCGACACAUUCAAUGAUUCGCACAAAUACAACAACAACAGGAGCAAGUUCAUCUAAUCAUGAAUUCGAACCUGGAACGUGGACAACUGAAGAUGAGAUGAUGUUACAUGGCAGCGUUAGUAGUGGAAACGAUGUCGAUGUUGAUCAUGAUAUAAGUAGCAGCGACUUGGAUGAAUCUCAUCGACAACAAUUAUCUCAACCUCAAAUUCAAAUACACCCGAGACUUCCAAACAUAAUCUAUGUUUAA